AUGGCGUGGCUGCUCGUGCUGCUCGCGGUCGCGGCCUGCGUCCAGAGCUGCCCGACAUUGUGCUUUUGCUUUGGCUCGACGCGUGUCGUCGUGCAUUGUGAGUUCCAGAACCUCACGACCGUGCCCAUGUACAUUCCUGUCAACACGACGCACCUCAAGCUCGACUUGAACCCACUGCCGAUCGUCAACGAGUUUGCCUUCUUGCCCGUCCCGACGCUGCAGCUCAUCUACCUGCCGUUCUUUGCGCUGAUCCAGUACCAAGCGCUCUCGGAGAUGCGACUGGAUAAGAGCUCCUUCCGCGGCUUUACGCGCGUGCCCACCCACCCGCUCGAAGACCCGACGUUCAUUGCAUUUUCCAAGUACUAGCAAAGAUAUGUCAUGCCCUUGGCACUACGUACACGCAACAUCAAGAACAAUCGUG